UGGGCCGAGCUCAAUGAGCGAAGCUAAGAUGGACAAAUUUUUGGGUGUUGCUGCUGGGGUGGCUAUUCCCAAAAAGCCGAGGAAGAAGUCCAAGACUUUUGAGGAUGUUGCGAGCGAUAAAGGAGAUGGGAACAAAGAGAAGGGGCAGAUGUCAAGUACAAAAAUCCAAGAUGUAGAGGCUGAGGAGCUAAGGUCUGAGCCCAAACGAAAGAGGAAUGAAGAAGUGGAUGAAGCCCAAAAGAAAAAGAGGAAAGUGGUGGAGGAGGUCAGGGGGGAUGAGGUAGUGGAGUUCGUACCUCGGCCACCUCCUGUUGAGCUUGAUCCUGAUCUCAGAGAGACCGAGGUUCCCACCUGUGGCAAGGGUAAAGCAGUUGUUCCCACUUCUUCUCUCCAAAGCAGCAUUUUUGGGAACAAGAAUUUUUCAACCGCGAAAAAUUUCAUCAACACCUAUAUUCCUAAAGUGGAUCGCUGUCAAGCAAGGGAGGAAGCGUUGAUGCAUGGAGGGACCUCAGUUGUGAGGCAUGCUCUUGAGAAGGAAAGAGAUGAGCUACAAAAGAAGAAUGGGGAAAUGAAGAGGGAACUGGAUAUAGUAGUACCAGCAAUGACGAGCUUGCAAGAUGAGAGAGACUCACUGAAGACAAUUCUUUCAUUCGAAGAGAGGAAAAGAAAGAUGUGCGAAAAAGAGAAUGAAGCACAAGAAGAAGAGAUAAAAAGAAUGAGAGAAUCUGAGGCCAAGCUCAAAAAGAAUGUUCAGCUACUAGUGCAUAAUGGGAUGGAGGAGCAUAUCACCAACUUCAUCAACUCCAGCUCGUUUAACAACAUUGUCAAUCUCUACCGACUACCUACUAUGAUCCUCACCUUCACUGAUUACAGAAAGAAGGUGAAAGCUGAAUAUCUCGAAGUGGAUAUAACAAAUAUCACCUUCGGCGAACAAGAGGAAAGGGUGGAGGAAAACGGUGAGAGUAUGUCAGUGGACUUUCAACCUCAGAUUAAACUGAGGUGGGAUCACGAUGAAGAAGGACACACUGUUUUUCCUUCGAACUUUGACUUCGAGUUUGUAGUAGUGGAGGAAGAGGAAGCAGAGGCGGAAGGUGCUGAAGUUGAGGAGAGCCAGCCACUUCUGCAAAUGGAGGUCCAUCCAGUUCCCUCUGAAGAAGAGCAGCCACCUCUUCCAACAGAUCAACAGCCACCCCAGCCACCUCCUCUAACAGAAUAGUUAGGAGUUUUUGUUUUUUAAUUAAUGUUGUUAGAAUUUAAACAAUGAUUAUUUUGGACAUUUUUGUAGCAUUUGUUGAUUAAUUUAAGGAAAAUUUUGAUUGUGUUUGUACACUUGUUUUAUCUUUUAUUUGUUUUGUAUUAACAUAAGAAUUGAGAUGAAGUAAAUCACUUCGAAUGUGAAGUGAAAUUCAUUAAUAAAAGUGAAGUUCAAGU